UCUCUCUCUCUAUAUACUGUCUUCUCAUCACGAAAAUCUCCCUCUUAUCACAAGGCUGUAGUAACGCACGCACAAUGGAUCGAGGUAAGAGAAAGUUGAACUCACCCCAUUCAGAUUCCGUCAAACUAUUUCAUGUCGAUCACGCUCGUUCUGGUAACUGGAGAAGUUUCAUACCGAUUGGAGUCAGGUUUAAUCCGGAAGAGUGGGAACUCUUCCUCUACCUCCGCUUGAAGGUAGAGGGGGAUCCUAUUCCUCCGGAAACAAUAAGAGAACUGGACAUAUAUCAAUAUAGUCCCUAUCAACUUAGAGCCCUCUACGGGGAUGGGGAUGAAAACAAAAUGUUUUUCUUGACCCCGAUACAUAAGCUGGGGACAAGAACUCAGAGAGAAGCUUGCCAGUAUGGAACCUGGCGAAAGAUGGGGAAUAUAUCAUUUACAGAUGGCUCAGCAACUAUUGGAUGCAAAGGUGCAUUUAGUUUUGAGUGGAAAGCAAAUGCUGGGCAGGGAAAAUUUCUGAUGAAAGAGUACCUCAUUGAAGGAGUAAGUGAAUGGGCGUUAUGUGAAGUUCAUCCUGUAGAGCAGUCCAAUAAACAAAAUACAGACUUGGUAUUUGAUAACUGGUUCGGGGAGAAAACAUCUUUGAAAUUAAGGGAUGAUCUUGAGUUUUCACUUCCCUUCCUUCUCCUAAAAUAACACUGCAUGGGCAAGACAUGGAGGUCUUGGCUUUACCUGCUCCAACUGUAGCCAAAGCCCACUUUUGUUCAGUUGAGGGCUGUGCUGUGAAAAUGUGUGCCCCUUCAAGUGCAACAUUGAAAGACAAAACCAAUUUUUCUUCAGCUGAGGGAGGGCGUGCCAUUUAUGAAAAUUUGAGGAAGUGUGUUUCUUUUCCUGGGGUGGCUGGUUUUGUGGAACCGUUCUGUGCUCUAGCUCACUCAUUGUCCAAUGACAGUGAAGAUGAUGGUACGGCCGAAUUCAGACAAUGCAUCCGUCUACUUGCUGAUAAAGUUGAUGUCCUGCGGAGAGACUAUGAACAGCUCAAAAAGGUUUUAGAAGAAAAAGAAAGAGUUGGUAAAGACUAUGUACAUGAAGCAUCAGCUUGAGAAGCAGGUAAGUUACUCAGGUUGUUUUAUGGUAUUAAUGACUUUUGGAAGUAUCAUGUCAUAAGUAUAUUGUUGGAGUGGAUAUUGCUCAAAUUACCUUUAUCCAUCCUAAUCAUGUUGGGAGGAAUUCUUGUGCUAUAUGUUUCUGGCAUACCAAAAAUGUGAGGGACAUACUGGAAGUUCUGCCUAGUUGUAGGCUUGCUUAUACAAAAUCAACUCGCCUCUUUUACUGUAUUUGAUGUAUAUUUGUAUGAAUGAAGUUAAAAUUACUCAUUGUAUCUGUAUAAAAUGUGGAUGCUUGUGACUCAUUUAAAUGUGAA